AUGCGGCCAGUGACACGCCAGAGCCGCGUAACAGUACGCCGACGAUCACUACCACGUAGAGCCGAGUCGUCGACUGGCAGACACUUUCUCGCCUGUUUGUUACCCUCAUUAUUUUUACACAAACAGGCGUAUGCCAGAAAAAGGGCAGCCUUGUCCCACAAGUCAAUCCGUUGUUCCGUUCGACGGAAGAGGCGCAGUUGUGAAGAGCGGCCUCCCUUGGCAUCUCUCUAUCACCACCAAAACCAACGUUGCCUCAUCUUACAUCAAAGGGUUGACGGUAGGCAUCGUGGCUUCGGGGUCUACGUAAAUUAUCCAAUGGCCGGCACGCAGAUUCCCUGCUUUAUAGCCAAGUAUUUAGUGACCUUCUUUCUUCGUCAUAUAAAUUUGACCCGGGGCACCUGUUCUGUUCGAAACUCAUUCGGUUCCUCAUUACACAAGGAAUUAGAUUCUCUCUCUCUCUCUAUCUAUCUCUCUCUCACUCUCUCUCUCUCUCUCUCUCUCUCUCUCUAA